AUGACUCCCCAAGUGGUCGAAUCAAAUGACUCCCUCACGUGGUCGAAGUCAAAUGACUCCCUCACGUGGUCAAACUCAAAUGACUCCCCAACGUGGUCGAAGUCAAAUACUCCCCACGUCGAAGUCAAAUCUCCCUCACGUGGUCGAAGUCAAAUGACUCCCCCACGUGGUCGAAGUCAAAUGACUCCCCCACGUGGUCGAAGUCAAAUGACUCCCCCACGUGGUCGAAGUCAAAUGACUCCCCAACGUGGUCGAAGUCAAAUGACUCCCCAACGUGGUCGAAGUCAAAUGACUCCCUCACGUGGUCGAAGUCAAAUGACUCCCCAACGUGGUCGAAGUCAAAUGACUCCCCCACGUGGUCGAAGUCAAAUGACUCCCCCAACGUGGUCGAAGAAACUCAUGACUGACUCCCCCACGUGGUCGAAGUCAAAUGACUCCCCCACGUGGUCGAAGUCAAAUGACUCCCCAACGUGGUCGAAGUCAAAUGACUCCCCCACGUGGUCGAAGUCAAAUGACUCCCCCACGUGGUCGAAGUCAAAUGACUCCCCCACGUGGUCGAAGUCAAAUGACUCCCCAAACGUGGUCAAGAAGGUCAAAUGA